UCUGGCGUGAGGUGAAAGGUCAUGAAAGUGGUGCAUGGCGGAGAUGUAAAUAACACUAGUGGAGUUUGUCGGAGUUCAUACUUGUCGGAGUUCGGAGUUGUACUUACUUCACAGACGCGAAGCAGAACCCCGCAGCAGGAUUCUUUCUGAGCACUAGAGGUCAUUACUGGACACCGGAAGUCUAGAGAAACGAGCCGUUUUCUAUACAGCUAACUGGAAAGCCUCACCGCUACAUAAAGCGUCCCGCCAUUACUGAAAUAGGAGUUAUGAGAGUGCUGAGUGUGACAGCGCGGUGUGUUUUAUACACACACUCCCGGUGUGCACCGCCAGGGGGCAGCAGAGCAUUCUGGGGCUGGCUCAACGCCGUUUUUAACAAGGUUGAUUAUGAGCGGAUUAAGGCAGUUGGUCCGGACCGUGCAGCUGCCGAAUGGCUCUUAAGGUGUGGGGCCAAAGUUCGUUUCCGUGGUUUCGACCGGUGGCAACAUGAUUACAACGGACUUCCGACCGGGCCGCUGGGGAGAUAUCAAAUCCAGGCCAUCGAUGCCACAGAAUCCUGCAUCAUGUACCGGGGAUUCGAUUACCUGGAUGGUCUGGAGUAUGUAGAGGAGAUAAAGCUGCGAAAGUGUAUAUAUAUAGAAGAUGCAUGUCUGGAGCGCUUGAGUAAGACGGAGAAGCUGCAGAACAGCAUGAAGACAAUGGAGAUUGUCUCCUGUGGCAAUGUGACAGACCGAGGCAUCAUCGCUCUUCAUCACCUGAGGAACUUGGAGUACUUGUUCCUCAGUGACCUGCCAGGCGUGAGAGAGAAACAGAAAACAACAAACACACUGCAAACGGCACAGCCCAAACUCACCAUAGAACUUGACCUGGCUUAGCCAAUCACAGCUUGCUUUGCAGCCUAGCUCGACAAAUCAAUACCCUUAGGUGGGAUGCAAUGUUCGUUACAGAAACUGAAUGUUUAACCUUUCUCUCUAUUAUUGAGGAACUGAUGUGUGAAGUGUAGUAUUAAAGAAGCAGAGUGUAUAUUAAA